AAUUUGACAACACCGGUGUCAGCGCUUAAAGCCCGUUUGCAUUUUUGUUUGUUAGCAAUUGUGAUUAUUGUGAAUUGCUUCCGAUCUAUUAGUGCAAGUAUUUGUAAUGUAUUUACUUGAAAAAGUUAAUUGAUAGCAACGUCAGUAUUAGGUUAAAUUUGAAAGAUGUCUGUAUCCUAUGCUCAACAAAGAGGCGGCAGGGCUCCUCCAAGCACCUCUCAAAUACAGAAAGUAUUAGACGAAAAUGGAUCUCUUAUACAAACCAUUCAAGAUUAUCAAAAUAAGGGGAAACCUCAAGACUGCAUACAGUACCAACAAUUACUGCACAGAAAUUUGGUUUACUUGGCUAGUAUCGCUGAUGCUUCCCAAAAUGUGAAUGCCUUACUUCCGCCUCCUCCUGGAUCUGGGCCUCCUAUCGGACAACCACCACCAAAUCCAGAUCCACAACAUAUAAACAAUUAUAGUCAUCAUCCCCACCAACCGCAACAGCAAAAUUAUCGACAGCCACUGGGACCACAGCGACCAGCAAAUCCUCAGCAACCAUAUCCGCAACGAAAUUAUCAACAAGGACAAUAUCCUGGCCAAUAUCCUCCGCAAGGUGGAGUUUAUCCCCAACAGGGUCAGUAUCCUCCAAGUCAACCGCCAGGCUAUCCAGCAAAUGCUCAAAGCUCAUACGGCCAACCCCCCCCUACUACGUCUCACAGCAGCUAUCCCCAACCUAAUUAUCCCACACCACCUCCCACCACUGCACCUCCACAGAGUAAUCCAUACACUCCUCCACCUGCACCUCCUCACUCACAAUCUGCAUCAUACGUUACACCUCCAACCAACGCCCCAUAUCCCAACGCUAACCCUCCGCAAAACUAUCCUCCUCAACAAAGCUACCCCCCACAACAAAGCUAUCCUCCUCCAGCAGCUAAUCAACCACAGCCCACUCCAACUCCACCAUUCGGCAACCAAACGACUCCGGCGGUCCCUUCCAAUUACCCACCUAAUCCCGCCAACGCUCAGUCGCCACCCUUCACCGGUCCGCCGAGUAACGCCGUAAAUCCGGCGGCUGCACCAUCCAGCGCCCCACCUGCAACAAGUCAGUCGUACCAACCACCAUAUCCUCCGAACUCUCAACCUUCCAAUCCGAACCCCGGUUAUACUCCGCCAAAUCAGGCUUACCCGCCGCCCGGGGCUAACUAUGUAUACCCGCCCCAACCUGGUUAUCCACCUCAACCGCAAUAUGCCGGACAGCCGCAGGGAUAUCAGUAUGCCAGACCACCACCUAGUCAAGCGCCACCCCCGCAGGGUCAAUAUAGCUACAGUUAUCCUCCGCAACCUGCUCCACAAUAAAUUGAUAAAUAUCUCUCUCUAACGUAAUUUUUAGUGUUGUGAUGAUGGUACUUACUGUACUUAUUUUAAUCAAAAGAAUGCAACCUAGGGGUAGUUCAAAAACUACCCAAAGAUCUGUUUUGGUUAGUUUGUCAAUUGUAACAAAAUUCCUCUUCUUUGUUUUAAUAAUAGUACAUUGUAAAUAGGCAAAAUAUUGAUUGUGCAGGUGGAUUAAUUAGUUCUUUUUUUGAUUAAAAUUUUGUUCCGACAAAGUUAGCGAAAUUUUAGAUUAGCUUAUUACCUACGUUGAUGUAUUGAAAGUAUUUUAGCGUUAAGGCAAUAAUAAUUUCUAGUAAUCAAAAGAAUACUAAGCACAAGUUCAUAAAUUACUCAUCUACUGAUUGUGACAAAAUUUCUUUGUUGAAUUUUCAGUUUCAAUUUAAGUUUGGUUCUGCCACUAAGUUUUAACACCAAAUAAUUUUGUUUAAGUAACUCAAUUUGCUAAAUUCCAAUACAUUGGCCUGUUAAUUACUCAAAUUAUUUUUGUGACAUAAAACUGGUGUGUGUAUUUUCUUAAUAAAAUGACUCUGUAAAUAGUCAAAACAUUGAUUAUGUACAUUUUUUUUUUUAAAUUUCCAUUUACAUUGGCAAAAGGUUAUACCUUGUUAUCUACAAAUACGAGGCGUGUUUUUUAAGUAAGUACCUUUUUGAGGUAUUGGCAGUAAACUUUUCCACAUAAUCUCUGUCAAUAAAUAUUAAGGCACUUAUUGUGGCGCUUGAGCGAUAUUAAAUGAACGUAGGCCACUCCUGUUUCAAUGCGUU